UUCAAAGAUGGCCGCCCUGUUGUUUUGAUGAAUAAUACUUGGUGGGGCGAGGGGGUAAGAGUAGGGGUGGAGGGGUAGGAGGUUUUACUCUUCCAGCCCGAGCAUCGCGAGUCCAGUCCACCCCUCCCCCCUGCCCGGGCUCUGGCGUGGAGGCGGGGCGUGGCCGGCCUGCUUUGGGAGGGGAGGAGCUUCCCUCGUCAGUGCUGGGCUCUGCCUGGGCGGCUCUGGGGUCGCCUUACCUCGGGGCACCCACUCUGCAGUUGAACUGUUCCCGCCAGGGGCAAAGGGUAGGAAGGAGAGCAAGAUCUGCGGUGGGAAGAUCCGCUGCCGCGCCACCACCCCGAAGACACAGCAGGCUUCGAGCGCGAGACGAGCUGGAGACCGAGCUCGCUAGUCUGGGUAACCUGUGAAGCAGAGGGUAAUAAGUGGCGCCUUAAGAUAACCCUGUAGCAGCAGCAGUGGCAGUCAGAGGAGGCUGCUCGGGGAUAAGCAGCUGUAGGAGUCUCUGGGGCGAUUGGAGUGACUGACGCCAAGGCAUUUCAGUGCCUCUCGUGUUCUUAUUUUUUAACCUCUGACUAUGCAAUUCUGAAACCUCCCCCAUUCGGGGGACCAGACAGCCCGAAAGACACCUUCCACUCUCCUCCCGCCCUGGUCUCAAAGAACAGAAGGAUCUCUCCGUAACGCCUUUCACCAUUAAGAGGAAAGCGAUGGAGGAGCUGAGCGCUGAUGAGAUCCGCCGGAGGCGCCUUGCACGACUCGCUGGUGGACAGACCUCCCAGCCAACCACCCCGCUCACCUCGCCCCAGAGGGAGAACCCUCCGGGGCCUCCUAUAGCAGCGUCCGCCCCAGGCCCCUCCCAGAGCCUCGGUCUCAACGUGCACAGCAUGACCCCAGCUACCUCCCCCAUAGGUGCAUCAGGCGUAGCCCAUCGAAGCCAGAGCAGUGAAGGAGUCAGUUCUCUCAGCAGCUCGCCCUCCAAUAGCCUCGAAACGCAAUCUCAGUCUCUCUCACGUUCCCAGAGCAUGGAUAUCGAUGGUGUCUCUUGUGAGAAAAGCCUGUCCCAGGUGGAUGUGGAUUCAGGAAUUGAAAACAUGGAGGUGGAUGAAAAUGAUCGAAGAGAAAAGAGGAGCCUCAGCGAUAAGGAGCCUUCAUCGGGUUCUGAAGUGUCUGAAGAACAGGCCUUACAGCUGGUCUGUAAGAUCUUGCGUGUCUCCUGGAAGGACCGGGACAGAGAUGUCAUCUUCCUUUCCUCUCUUUCUGCACAGUUUAAGCAGAACCCAAAAGAAGUGUUCUCAGAUUUUAAGGACCUGAUUGGCCAGAUUUUAAUGGAAGUACUAAUGAUGUCCACUCAGACGAGAGAUGAGAACCCGUUUGCCAGUCUGACAGCCACAUCCCAGCCAAUCGCAGCGGCAGCUCGGUCACCAGACAGAAAUCUCCUGCUCAAUGCCGGCUCCAAUCCAGGAACGAGCCCCAUGUUCUGCAGCGCGGGCUCCUUCGGCGCCAGCUCCUUGUCAAGCCUCUAUGAAACUAGUCCAGCCCCCCGCAUGAGUUUCUGGAGCUCUGGGCCCAUGACGAGUCCGCCUUUGGCCUCCCCUUCCCGGGCAGCCAGCCAGGCAGCCCCCGGUCCUCACGGCGCGGGUGCCGGGGCUCCGGCAGGAAGCCAGCCCCCGUCUCCGCGAUAUCGUCCCUACACGGUCACCCACCCCUGGGGGUCUUCUCCCUCUCCUGCCCCGCGCGCCUCGAGCCUCUGCCUUCUGUCCGGCUCCCCAGGCCUCCCCACCCUGGCUAGUAGCCCUCAAGCAGUGCCUACCGGCUCCUCCGGACCGAGAGCCUCCAGCGCGGGGCCGCCUUUGCUGUCCGCCUCCCCCGGUGCUGUGAGCAGACGGCCCGCCUCCCUCAGGAGCUCCCCUAGUAUGUACGACACCCCUUUCUCCUUCCUCUUCCUCGCGCUUUCUGGGGACAGUAGUGACGAAGAUGGAGAAGAAGAUGAUGGUGAUGGUGCCGAUGGUGCUGAUGAAGGUGGUGGUGGUGGUGAUGAGUUUUCUUGUGUCCCAUUUGGGUCCAGUUUGGGAGCCUCCGGUGGGGCAAGCACUUGGGAUUCCUACAGUGACCAUUUCACCAUCGAGACGUGCAAGGAGACAGAUAUGUUGAACUACCUCAUCGAGUGUUUUGACCGCGUUGGAAUAGAGGAAAAAAAAGCACCAAAGAUGUGCAGCCAGCCAGCAGUCAGCCAGCUUCUGAGCAACAUCCGUUCCCAAUGCAUUUCCCAUACUGCGUUAGUACUGCAAGGUUCCCUCACACAACCAAGGUCCAUGCAGCAGCCGUCCUUCCUGGUACCCUACAUGCUGUGUAGGAACCUCCCAUAUGGCUUCAUUCAAGAACUGGUGAGAACCACUCACCAGGAUGAAGAAGUGUUCAAGCAGAUCUUUAUUCCCAUUUUACAAGGCCUGGCUCUUGCCGCCAAAGAGUGCUCCCUCGAUAGCGACUACUUUAAAUACCCCCUCAUGGCUUUAGGUGAGCUCUGUGAAACCAAGUUUGGAAAGACACACCCUGUGUGCAACUUGGUUGCUUCCCUUCCCCUGUGGUUGCCUAAAUCCUUGAGCCCUGGCUCUGGGCGGGAGCUGCAGAGACUCUCCUAUUUGGGGGCUUUCUUUAGCUUCUCCGUCUUUGCCGAAGAUGACGCUAAAGUGGUUGAAAAAUAUUUCUCAGGGCCUGCCAUUACCCUGGAAAACACGCGUGUGGUGAGCCAGUCGCUACAGCAUUACUUGGAGCUGGGAAGGCAAGAGUUGUUCAAGAUUCUGCAUAGUAUUUUGUUAAAUGGUGAAACCCGCGAGGCUGCUCUUGGUUACAUGGCGGCUGUCGUCAAUGCCAAUAUGAAGAAAGCACAGAUGCAGACAGAUGAUAGACUGGUAUCUACAGAUGGAUUUAUGCUGAAUUUCCUUUGGGUGCUGCAGCAGCUAAGUACCAAGAUCAAGCUAGAGACAGUCGACCCCACUUAUAUAUUCCACCCAAGGUGUCGGAUUACUCUUCCCAACGAUGAGACGAGAGUAAACGCGACGAUGGAGGAUGUGAAUGACUGGCUGACUGAACUUUAUGGAGAUCAGCCUCCAUAUUCUGAGCCGAAAUUCCCUACAGAAUGCUUCUUUCUCACCCUGCACGCCCACCACCUCUCUAUUCUGCCGAGCUGCCGUCGCUAUAUCCGCAGACUCCGGGCCAUCCGGGAGCUCAAUAGAACUGUGGAAGAUUUGAAAAAUAAUGAAAGCCAGUGGAAAGAUUCCCCACUGGCAACUAGACACCGUGAAAUGCUGAAACGCUGCAAGACUCAGCUUAAGAAACUGGUACGAUGCAAGGCCUGUGCCGACGCCGGCUUACUUGACGAGAGCUUCCUGAGAAGAUGUCUGAAUUUUUACGGGCUUCUCAUUCAGCUGCUGCUCCGCAUCCUGGACCCCGCCUACCCCGAUGUAACACUGCCUUUAAAUUCCGAUGUCCCCAAGGUAUUUGCAGCAUUGCCUGAGUUUUAUGUAGAAGAUGUUGCUGAAUUUUUAUUUUUUAUUGUACAAUACUCUCCCCAGGUGCUCUACGAGCCCUGCACUCAGGACAUUGUGAUGUUCCUCGUCGUGAUGCUGUGCAACCAGAACUAUAUCCGGAACCCGUAUCUCGUGGCCAAACUCGUGGAAGUCAUGUUUAUGACCAACCCGGCUGUUCAGCCACGAACCCAGAAGUUUUUUGAAAUGAUUGAGAACCAUCCUCUCUCCACCAAGUUGUUGGUCCCCUCGCUGAUGAAGUUCUACACAGAUGUGGAGCAUACGGGAGCCACCAGCGAGUUCUAUGACAAGUUCACCAUUCGCUAUCAUAUUAGCACCAUUUUUAAAAGCCUUUGGCAAAACCUAGCUCAUCAUGGCACCUUUAUGGACGAGUUCAAUUCUGGGAAGCAGUUCGUCCGCUAUAUAAACAUGCUGAUAAAUGACACGACGUUUUUGCUGGAUGAAAGUCUGGAGUCUCUGAAGCGGAUCCACGAAGUGCAAGAAGAGAUGAAGAACAAAGAACAGUGGGACCAGCUCCCCCGGGAUCAGCAGCAGGCCCGCCAGUCCCAGCUUGCUCAGGAUGAGCGCGUCUCUCGCUCCUAUCUCGCCCUGGCAACGGAAACGGUGGACAUGUUCCAUAUCCUCACCAAGCAGGUCCAGAAGCCGUUCCUCAGACCCGAACUUGGACCCCGAUUGGCUGCGAUGCUGAACUUCAAUCUUCAACAACUCUGUGGCCCUAAGUGCCGUGACCUGAAAGUUGAAAACCCUGAGAAAUACGGCUUUGAACCAAAGAAGCUGUUGGACCAACUGACGGAUAUUUACUUGCAGCUGGACUGUGCCCGGUUCGCUAAGGCCAUUGCCGACGACCAGAGAUCCUACAGCAAAGAAUUGUUCGAAGAAGUUAUUUCAAAGAUGCGGAAGGCAGGGAUCAAAUCCACCAUAGCGAUAGAGAAGUUUAAACUUCUGGCUGAGAAGGUAGAAGAGAUAGUGGCCAAGAACGCACGCGCAGAGAUCGACUACAGUGACGCCCCAGAUGAGUUCAGAGACCCUCUGAUGGACACCCUAAUGACCGACCCUGUGCGGCUGCCCUCUGGCACUAUCAUGGACCGAUCCAUCAUUUUGCGGCACUUGCUGAACUCCCCCACAGACCCCUUCAACCGACAGACACUGACAGAGAGCAUGCUGGAACCAGUGCCAGAACUGAAAGAACAGAUUCACGCCUGGAUGAGAGAGAAACAGAACAGUGAUCAUUAAACCAUCCCCUUUGCCCACCCUCUGCUAGAAACAGCCAAGACCGGCAGGGCAGCAGAAGCAGCAUCGGUGCUGCAAAUGCUGUUCAAAUGUUGGAGGCCACAAGUGGUCAAAUAUAUCAAGAGCCCACCCAGAGUGACCAAACAGUGGAGACCCGAGAGGACAUGAAUGAGAAGAGGAACCCAAUUCCUGUACAUAUAUUUAAGUGAAAAACGUGGUCAAAAGCUUGAGGGACACAAUUUAUGAUUGCUUGUGUAAUAGAGCACGUCCUUCGUAUGUCACAGUUUGGGGCUUUUGCAACGGAAGUAUCUUAGUGAUCGAUGACAAAUGGGUCUGGGCAGCAUCCCCUUCAUUUUUUUUUUUUCCCCCCCUAAAUCCAGUAUCCGUUGAUUUUGAUUGUGAUUAGAGAACUUGGACAUUUUGCUGCUAAAGAAUCUACCCCCCCCCGCCGGCCCCCCGCCCCCUUCCUGGUCCUACUUGCACUGCUGUGGAUUUUUUUAAGAGAAGCAAAAACAAAAAUAAAUUCCUUUCCCUGGCCCUCCAAACAUAUAUUCUGUGAGAUAACUGUGCCUGCAACAAAGUGUUAAUCCUGGGAUCGUAUUUUUAUAUCAUAUUCACAUAUUUGUUUUUUUAAUUGGUGUUAGAUGACAUGAUUAAUAAAAAAGGCAAGAUAUUUUCAGAAUUUGAAUUUCAGUUAUUUUUUUUUCUUUUGCAAUGUCCCUUAAAAUUUUUUUAUUCUAAACGAAAUGAGGAGAAUCCUGUUGCUCUGGUCCUUGUAAUAAGCCCACUCUUAGGAAUCUAAGGAACAGCUGCAGCAAGGGAAGGGUUUAAGUACAUCAGCAUUUCAUGACUUACAGUUUCGGGGGGGGUGGGUUUUUUGUUUUGUUUUGUUUUGUUUUUUAAUGCUAUGUGACAGUUUGAAACCUUUACAGUUAUCCUAUGAGGGUGAAUAAAUUCCUCAACUCUUGAGUCUGUGAGUUUGAGGCAGGGGUCAUUCGUAUGCUGUGUCCUUUGGGGCAUGGCCUUACCAAAGCAAAAACAGGGUGCAAGAAAUGUGGAAGCACGUCUGCUUGUAAAGACACACAGACACCCACACACACGCACAUCAACACAAGACUUUUUGUAUUACUGCUCCCUACUUAACAUACUUGAAUUCUUGAAUUCCCUUUGGGGUAAAAAAGGAUUUGAAACCAUGAAGUGUUUUGAAGAGAAUAAGUCAACGAAAAUAUACUUUCCUUUUCUUUUCCUUUUUUCCCCCCCUCCACAGACAAUGUCCUCUGUUCAAUUCCUAACGCAAACUACAAUAAAUGGUGAUACACAUUCAGAAGGAA